AUGGUAGAGAGUGAUUUGGACACAGAAAAGGUUGAGUACACGGAAGCCAACUACGCUCAGAGUGGAAGCCAAGAAUCAGGUCUUCACAGGGAGCCCUCAUUCUCUCGCUGGUGCGAUGAAGAUGGGACAGUGCAUUUUGAUCGUCAAUUAGAAAACACUGAUGCUAGUGUAGAAGAAGACUCUGAUUUUGAAUUGCCCAUGCUUCAAAGGGGUGAGCUAGAAAACAACAUUUUGGAUAGGGACAGAAACCAUAAUACUAAAUCUCAGAAGAGAAAUAUGCGGUUGAACGGUGGUGUUACCUUGGAUGAUGAUUCUACUCACGUAGGUGGGACUGGAAAUGAGGAGUAUUUGCCCUUUGAUAUCGAGAAUAGCUCUGAAGGGGAGGUACAUGCUAUAGAUAGUUCUAUGCAUAACCAUAAAGCAUUACCGCCCAAUUCGAAGAACCCUAUUUCUGUUUCCAAUGUGCUGAAAAUGUUGUUCUUCGUACUAAUGUGGUACACUUUCAGCCUGUUUUUGACCUUGUAUAACAAAAGUCUGUUAGGAGAUGAUUUGGGGAAGUUCCCUGCUCCAUUAUUGAUGAAUACUGUUCAUUUCUCAAUGCAAGCUGUUUUUUCGAAGGGAAUCACAUGGUAUUGGUCUAAUAGAUUCCAAACUGGUGGUUCUAUGUCAUGGAGAGAUUACUUUGUGAAAGUUGUACCCACGGCUCUUGGAACAGCAAUGGAUGUUAAUCUAAGCAACGCAUCCCUUGUUUUUAUAUCUGUCACAUUUGCCACAAUGUGUAAAUCCGCCGCUCCUAUAUUUCUUCUUCUAUUUGCUUUUGCUUUCAGAUUGGAGGCACCAAGUGUUAGACUUUCGGGAAUCAUAUUAAUUAUCUCCAUCGGAAUACUAUUAACAGUUGCAAAGGAGACUGAAUUUGACUUUUGGGGAUUCAUUUUUGUCAUGCUUGCUGCUGUUAUGUCCGGUUUCCGCUGGUGCAUGACUCAAAUUCUUUUGCAGAAAGAAGAUUAUGGUUUAAAAAAUCCGCUUACUUUGAUGAGCUAUGUGACCCCAGUGAUGGCAGUAGUGACUGCCCUUCUCUCUCUUGUUUUUGAUCCAUGGGAUGAACUUAGGAGAAACAAUUACUUCAAUAAUCCAGCGCAUAUCAGUCGAAGUUGCUUGCUGAUGCUGUUUGGUGGAACCCUUGCCUUUUUUAUGGUAUUAACAGAAUUCAUUCUUGUCUCAGUAACCAGUGCUGUCACAGUAACAAUAGCAGGUGUUGUUAAGGAGGCUCUCACUAUAUUGGUUGCAGUUAUUUACUUCCAUGAUGAAUUUACCCGGUUGAAAGGAGCUGGGCUUUUCAUAAUUAUGCUUGGUGUCAGUUUAUUCAACUGGUACAAAUACGAAAAGAUAAAGAGGGGUCAAACAAGUGAAGAUGACAUGGAGGAAUCAGUCACGACAAAUAUUGCUGCAAAAUAUGUUAUUCUUGAGGAGAUGGAUGAGCAAGAUGAUGGCAGAUGA